AGGCAGCCGCGCCGUCCGCCGGCCGGAGCCACCUCGCCGAGCAGCCGGCCCCCGUCCGCCCGUCCCGCGGCCAUGGCGAGCAACAGCCUGGCGUACAACGAGCAGUCCGCAGGGGGAGAGGCGGCGGAGCUGGGGCAGGAGGCCACCUCGACCAUUUCGCCUUCGGGCGCCUUCGGCCUCUUCAGCAGCGACUUGAAGAAGAAUGAAGAUCUAAAACAAAUGUUGGAGAGCAACAAAGAUUCUGCUAAAUUGGAUGCUAUGAAGCGAAUUGUUGGGAUGAUUGCCAAAGGGAAGAAUGCAUCGGAAUUGUUUCCUGCCGUUGUGAAGAAUGUGGCCAGUAAAAAUAUUGAGAUCAAGAAGCUGGUGUACGUGUACUUGGUCCGCUACGCCGAGGAGCAGCAGGACCUGGCCCUCCUGUCCAUCAGCACCUUCCAGCGUGCUCUGAAGGACCCAAACCAGCUCAUCCGUGCCAGUGCGUUGAGAGUGCUGUCCAGCAUCAGAGUGCCCAUCAUCGUGCCCAUCAUGAUGCUCGCUAUCAAGGAAGCCUCUGCCGACCUGUCACCCUACGUCAGGAAGAACGCAGCCCACGCCAUCCAGAAACUGUACAGUCUUGAUCCAGAGCAGAAGGAAAUGUUAAUUGAAGUAAUUGAAAAGCUUUUGAGAGAUAAAAGCACACUGGUGGCCGGCAGCGUGGUGAUGGCAUUUGAAGAAGUGUGCCCGGAAAGAAUAGAUCUGAUCCACAAGAAUUACCGCAAGCUCUGUAACUUACUGGUGGAUGUGGAAGAGUGGGGGCAGGUCGUGAUCAUCCACAUGCUAACGCGGUAUGCCCGGACACAGUUUGUCAGUCCUUGGAAAGAGGAUGAAGGUCCUGAAGACACUGAGAAAUUUUAUGACUCUGAUGAUGAGCACAAAGAAGGGGCCGGGAAGGGGAAGAAACCUUAUGCCAUGGAUCCAGACCACAGGCUGCUGAUUCGAAACACGAAGCCCUUGCUGCAGAGCAGAAACGCUGCGGUGGUCAUGGCGGUGGCUCAGCUGUAUUGGCACAUUUCACCCAAAGCCGAGGCUGGUGUGAUUUCUAAGUCUCUGGUGCGUUUACUUCGUAGCAAUAGGGAGGUGCAAUAUAUUGUCCUACAAAAUAUAGCAACUAUGUCAAUUCAAAGAAAGGGUAUGUUUGAGCCGUAUCUCAAGAGUUUCUACGUUAGAUCCACGGACCCAACCAUGAUCAAAACCCUAAAGCUGGAAAUUUUGACGAACUUGGCAAAUGAAGCCAACAUAUCAACUCUUCUUCGAGAAUUUCAGACCUACGUCAAAAGCCAGGACAAGCAGUUUGCUGCAGCCACCAUCCAGACUGUGGGCAGAUGUGCCACCAGCAUCUCCGAAGUUGCCGACUCGUGCCUCAAUGGCCUGGUCUGUCUCCUCUCCAGCAGGGACGAAAUUGUUGUUGCUGAAAGUGUGGUUGUUAUAAAGAAAUUGUUGCAAAUGCAGCCUGCACAACAUGGCGAAAUCAUUAAACACAUGGCCAAGCUCUUGGACAACAUCACUGUUCCUGUGGCCAGAGCAAGUAUUUUGUGGCUAAUUGGAGAAAAUUGUGAGCGAGUUCCCAAAAUUGCCCCUGAUGUUUUGAGGAAGAUGGCUAAAAGCUUCACUACUGAAGAUGAUCUGGUAAAACUGCAAAUUUUGAAUCUGGGAGCGAAAUUGUAUUUAACCAACUCAAAGCAGACGAAAUUGCUUACCCAGUACAUAUUAAAUCUCGGCAAGUAUGAUCAAAACUACGACAUCAGAGACCGCACAAGAUUUAUUAGGCAGCUUAUUGUUCCGAAUGAGAAGAGUGGAGCUUUAAGCAAAUAUGCUAAAAAAAUAUUCCUAGCACAAAAACCUGCCCCACUCCUUGAAUCUCCUUUUAAAGAUAGAGAUCAUUUCCAGCUUGGCACCUUAUCUCAUACUCUCAACACUAAAGCUACAGGGUACCUGGAAUUAUCCAAUUGGCCGGACGUGGCGCCCGAUCCAUCGGUUCGGAAUGUAGAAAUAAUAGAGUUGGCAAAAGAAUGGACCCCGGCAGGAAAAACAAAGAAAGAAAAUCCUGUGAAGAAAUUUUAUUCUGAAUCUGAAGAGGAAGAGGAUUCUUCGGAUAGCAGCGAAGACAGCGAGAGUGAGUCCGGGAGUGAAAGUGAGGAGGAAGAGGACAGCAGUGAGGACAGCAGCCAGAGCUCCCCCAGCGAGCAGGAGGGUGAGCGUGCCGGCCAACCACGGGCGGGGAGCAGGACAGCCAAGAAGGGCCUUUCAACCAAAGCCGACAGUGAUUCUGAAGAUGAGGAGAAAGAAAAUGAAAAAUCUAAUUCUUCAGAUUCCUCCGGUGCUAACUCCAGUUCAGCUGAAGGAAGUUCUUCAGAUUCGGAGUCAGAAUCCCAGUCCGACAGUGGAUCUGAGUCCAGGAAAGUGACCAAGGAGCAAGAAGGAAGACCAAAGCAAGAUAGAAGUGCUCUUCCCAAAGAUGUCUCGCUUCUAGAUCUAGAUGAUUUUAACUCGGUAUCCAGUCCGGUUGUACUUCCCACACCAGUUCUUUCUCCAAGUUUGAGAGCUGAUCUUGAAGGUUUAAAUUUAUCAACAUCUUCCUCAGUCAUCAACGUCAGCUCUCCCGUGUUUGUGCCAGUGAAAACGCAUGUGCUGCUUCACCGGAUGAGUGGGAGAGGACUGGCGGCCCAUUACUCCUUUCCCCGGCAGCCCUGCCUCUUUGGUGCCAAGAUGGUCUCUGUUCAGAUAACACUGAAUAAUACUACUGACCAGAAGAUCGAAAAUAUCCACAUCGGGGAAAGAAAACUUCCUGCUGGCAUGCAGAUGCACGUUUUCAACCCAAUAGCCUCCCUGGAGCCCCAGGGAUCCGUCACUGUCUCCAUGGGCAUCGACUUCUGCGACUCCACCCACACUGCCAGUUUCCAGUUGUGUACCAAAGAUGAUUGCUUCAGUGUUAAUAUUCGACCACCUGUUGGAGAACUGCUUUUACCUGUGGCCAUGUCAGAGAAGGAUUUUAAGAAAGAGCAAGGGUUGCUCACAGGAAUGAACGAGACCUCGGCCCUUGUGGUCGCUGCGCCCCAGAACUUCACUCCCUCUGUGAUUCUGCAGAAGGUUGUGAACGUGGCCAACGUGGGUGCGGUUCCUUCUGGCCAAGAUCACCUGCACAGGUUUGCAGCUAAAACUGUGCACAGUGGGUCACUGAUGCUAGUCACGGUGGAACUGAAGGAAGGCUCCACGGCCCAGCUUAUCAUAAACACGGAGAAGACGGUGAUUGGCUCCGUGCUGCUGCGGGAGCUGAAGCCCGUGCUGUCCCAGGGGUAACCUGCUUACAUCUGGACCUGAGGAUCUGGCACACGGCAAAGGGCCUGGCAUCCACCACUGCUGCCUUUCAUUUACAAUAAUAGCCCUUCCAUCUGGCAGUGGGGGAUGCACUCCUGACUUCCCGGCUCUCACCGUCCAAUGCUCGUGCCUCCCCCACCUCGCUUUGCUAACCAAAGAACAUAGAUCUGUCAGUUAUCUCAGCGCCUCAGUCCGUGGGCCGCUCUCUGCCCUGCUCCUUCUUCUGGCCCCUUUCUCUUCCUCCCCUCUCUCUCCUGAUGAUGAUGGACGUGAGUGGGAUGCUGAAAGUUCCCUGGAAAUCAUCUUCCCUUCAGCAGGAAGCAGAAAUUAGCAGAGUCCUACUGUCCAUGGCGCGUGAAGAUGAGCUUGCAUACCCUUUAGAAUUAAAUGCACAAACUUGGUCUCUGCAAAAUUUAGUUCUUUGAAUUGUCUAGGCUUCUAAUUGCUGAUUGAUAACUGCCAUCAUGAAAUUAUUUCUGAACAAUAAGAUGAAUAAAUGAGCAUAUGAAUAA